AUGAAGGUCUCUACGUUGGCUCUUCUUGCUACCGUGGCUUCGGCUGCCCCGCUCCCGAAAGAUGAUGCUACGGUAGAAGCCUCGUCCUAUGCACCUCUAGUGUAUGUAGGCGGGCUCAAGAGGGCCGCGGAGGCUGAGGCCGACUCCGAGGCAGCAGCUACCUACGCUCCCUUGGUGUACGUUGGAGGUUUGAAGAAGAGGGAGGCCGAUGCUGAGGCCGACACCGAUGCCGCCGCCACAUAUGCCCCACUCGUCUACGUUGGAGGGCUAAAGAAGCGCGAGGCUGAUGCUGACGCUGAUGCGGCUGCUACUUAUGCUCCUCUGGUGUACGUUGGCGGACUGAAGCAGCGAGAUGCCGAUGCGGCAAUAGAAGCUGCGACAACCUAUGCUCCUCUCGUGUAUACUGGAGGGCUGAAGAAGCGCGAGGCUGAUGCUGAGGCCGAUCCUGAAGCCGCGGCGACCUACGCUCCACUAGUCUAUGUUGGUGGACUCAAGAGAAACGCAAAAGCCGACACUGGGGCAGCGGCUACAUACGCGCCUCUUGUGUAUACCGGAGGUCUGAAGAAGAGGGAUGCUGAAGCUGACACAGGGUCGGCAGCUACUUACGCCCCCCUCGUGUAUACCGGAGGGCUAAAGAAGAGGGACGCUGAAGCUGGCACCGAGGCCGCGGCCACAUAUGCUCCUUUGGUGUAUACCGGGGGUCUGAAGCGUGAUGCGGAGGCUGAUCCUGAGGCAGUGGCGACAUACGCGCCUCUUGUAUACGUCGGCGGCUUGAAGAACUAA